GUUUUACUGCUUCAUAUGUUAUCGUCUUCUCUAGCGUCCUGAUUCUUUCGCCUCUCGUGGUAUCGUCUUUUCUUUGAAAAUUAGGUUUCACAUGUAGCCACAAUCCAAACGGUUUCGUACCAGAUGCCGAAGUAUAGUAUCUUGGCAAGUAAGAAAUGUAAUGAGCGAUUCGAUUAGGAAUCUGUCAGCUUCUUUACCGCACCAAGAGGAAGAAGGUUGCUGCCUCGUCCAAGACCAUGUAUUAAUUCAUUCUGAGCUUGAGAUGAUUUCUUACCAAGAACUGCAAGUCUGCAACUCCCUUGGAAGAUAUAUUCGAAUCAAUCUUCUGUUUCUUAAACCAGGCCUUGAUGAUUUGAACAGCUUGCCUUGCUUAAUAUUCUUGGUUUGCCUGAGGGAUACCUUCAUACCUGAGGGUAGAAAGCUUAGGGAUCCAAGGAGGCUUUAUGCAGCUGGACGUAUGUACCAUAUCAUGGAAAGAAAGUUUUGCAGGCAAAGUUUUGCUAAGGCGCUUUCAAAGAGUUCCAAAGAGUGUGAAAUUUCGUUCAAAAAUGAAUCUGUCAAGUUUCAAGCACUUUAUGAGAAAUUUUCCAAGGAGAAAGCCACUUCUCUGCAGGCCUUGGAAGAUAUUGUCUCUAAAUUUGAAGAGGAAAAGGAAAAGCUAUUCAUGAGAUAUGAACAACUGAGGAAGAAGGAAAGAGUCAUCAUAUCUGAACAAGAAAAAACCUGCAAUGAUAAAAUUGCUCAACUGGAAGAGUCAUUGAAAAAGAAGAAACAGGUACAAGCAUUUCUUACUGAUUAUUUUUGGUCGAAGGAUGAUGAAACUUUCAGCAUUCUAAAGAAAACUCUUGGUCCAUCUGAUGAUUGAAGACUGGAAAACACGGAGAUCUUUUUAUUUAGUCACAAUCAUUGAUACUAUUCACUUCAUUGGAAAUGUAAAAGUGUAUAAUCAAAGUGAACUGGAAAAGUUGGUGAAGGAACAUGGUACACAAAAUUGGUCUAAACUUGUUGAGAAAUUGGAUGGAAGCAGUGUCGAGAGAGAUGGCUUUAUCAUCUGCAACCUGGUAUCAAGGUUUGUUACUCUUAGUCCUUCUCAAUGGGUGCUAAUUUAUGUUCAUGCACAUUUGAUAUAUAUACACUUAUUAUAUGUCACCGUUUAAAAAAUCCCCUGUCCCUUGGGUUGAUUGCAAGAUCAAUUUAAAUAUUUUCUCUACAAAGUUUACAGCAAUCGAAUUGUAACAAGUAAUUAGGGGUUAACAAAGAUUUUCCAAGAUAUUGUGAGAGCAUAAACAAAUAUACUCAGAUUGUCAAUGAUCUAUCUUUGCUAUGUGCAUGUUAAUCAUUCCUCUUAUAUUU